AUGAGCUACGGUGGACCGAAUUGGCAGCCUAGCCCAGCGCAGGCAGCAGCGUAUGGCGCGCCCCCAUCGCAGCAGUACUCGAACCAACCCCAAGGCGGCUAUGGCAGACCCCAGAACGGACCACCGCCUCCUGGUCAGCGACCGCCCCCGAAUGGAGGCUAUCCCCCUCCUCCUACACAGCAUCAUCACCGUCCUCCGCCUGCGCAAGAACCUCAGGACCAUAAUGACGAGCUUGCGAUGUGGUUCAAGGCCGUUGACCGCAACAAUUCGGGCUCGAUUGAUGCGAACGAGCUGCAAGCGGCACUCGUCAAUGGCGACUGGACCACCUUUGACGUUGAUACGACGAAGUUCCUCAUGACACUCUUUGAUCCCAACCGACGCGGUACGAUUGACUAUCAAGGCUUUUGCGGCGUGUGGGACUACAUCAAGCAGUGGCAAGGCAUCUUCAAGCGCUUCGAUCAGGAUCGCUCCGGCACCAUCGAAGGACGCGAGCUGGGUGCAGCCCUCAAUCAGUUUGGCUACAACCUCUCGCCCGCCUUGAUCCAGUUGCUCGAGAGGAAGUACGUCUUCCUGGACCCGUCAGGCUCUCUGUCUGCUUCCGGUCGCUCGUCCGGCAUUCCUUUCGAUCGUUUCGUACGCUGCUGCGUGGUCGUCAAAACGUUGAGCGACAGCUUCCGCGCCGAAGAUCGACAGGGCCAAGGUAGUGCGAUGCUCUCUUACGAAAAGUUCAUGACCAUCGUACUCCAGUGUCCAUGA